AUGUUUAUUUUUAUAAAUAUUAUUUUAUUAUUAUCUGGAAUAAAUAAAAUAAAUGGAGAUGAUGGAAGAGCAGGAGCUAGUGCAUCUUCGACUGAUGUUGGUGUUGGAUGUUUUUCUGGUGAUUCUUUAGUUAUCUUAAAUAAUGGUCAACAAAAACAAAUUGAUCAUUUAAAAACUGCUGAUGAAAUUCUUGGUGUCAAUCAUUUUAAAAUAAUUCCUAGUGAAAUGAUAAUUAUGUUGGAUAAACAAACAUCAAAACAAGGAAAAUUUUAUACAUUUAUAACUGAUUCUGGUCAUAAAAUAAGUUUAACAAGUCUUCAUUUAAUUCCAAUUAAAUAUAAUAAUAAUAAUAAAAUCGAUUAUAUUCCAGCUAAAGAUCUUCAAUUAAAUGAUAAACUUUAUGUUAUUAUAAAUGGGAAAUUGAAAUCUUCACCAGUUCGAAAUAUAACAAUUGAAAUAAAAAGAGGAUAUUUUGCUCCAUUAACAAUGACAGGUACAUUAUUCGUUAAUAAUGUUUUAUCAAGUUGUUAUGCAUCAGCUAAAAGUCAUAAAUGGGCACAUUUAUUUCUGACACCUUUUCGUUGGUAUUAUAAAAUAGGACGUUUUUUUUCUAUUAAUCAACCAUUUGGUAAUUAUCAAACUGAUGGAAUACAUUGGAUAUUCGAGAUUAUUUAUAAAUUUGUUAACUAUAUUCAACCUUCAAUAUUACACCAGUUAUAA